ACGGUACAACACUAAAAAAAAUCACGUCCCGUCUUAGCUAAGAGAAGCAUUUGAAGACGCGAAAAGUCCUACGUGUUUAGUGGCUGAGGGCCUGAGGCAGUAUCUCGGAAUUGGUACAUCUCGUAUAUCGCAACAUACGAAAUGGGUAUACGAUAAUUAUGAAAAGCUUUACCCACUUCGGCUUCACAAUUACUGGGUUGUCGGUCCUACUCUGAUAUUUUGUUCUGGGUCGUGGAUCGAGGGGUAUACCAACAACUGAUACCUCGGAUAUAUCUUCGGAUCGAGCGGAUCUUAGAUCGGGUGGCUUUUCUUGGUAGAGGACAAGAUGCCUCCCAAGAAUACGCCGUAUCCGCAGCCUGCAGAAGCAUCAGUCGGAAAGUCUGUCUCAACGAACAAGUCGGGGAAUCCAGCACCGCCCAAGCCUAACAAGAGAAAAGUUCCGCCACAGCAAAAUGCAGGACCGAAUAGGUUGGAUAAGGACUCUGACUCUGUUAGAGGUCCAAAGCGUCCAAAGAUUCACGAAGUUCGAAGCAUUGCCGCUCAAAAGUCUCACGCUGCUUUAAAAGAUGGCGAACUCAAUGUUCAGUCGUUUGUUAACUCUCUAUCAUUCGAAAUGAAUGCUUUAGAUGAGAGUAUGAGACGUACCAGAACCUCUCAAAGUAGUCGAGCAUUUCAGCGUGUACCGUUUAGGAUGAGGCGUAGGGCUGCCGCCCAUAAUUAUAAGAAAGUUCCAAUACGUCUACGGAAGAGGGCCAUUAGGGAAAUGGAAGAGGAUAAUACCCCAACAGUUAAUUCCAAGACAAGAAAGCCGAAAACCACAAAAGCUAGGGUACGAGCCGAGACAGCUCGGAGACUAGGAAUCCUAGUGAAACGAAAGAGGCUGCAGAAGCUGAAAAGCUCUGGUGCCGAUAAGGAAACUAUCUCCAUAAGAGCUGCGAGACCCAAGAUACGGAGGAAUACAGUCAAUGAGCCUACUAUUACAGCUAAGAAAUUCAGAAGACGUCAGAUUUCAAAGACAUGGCUUCCAACCCACUUAUGGCAUGCGAAGAGAGCGAGGAUGACACCUCCCAAGGAGCCAUUAUGGAGAUUUUCGAUUCCCAUUACGCCAACACAGAAAGUGUACCGGCCUACUCAUCGUAUUCAAUGGGAAAAGGGCGCGAUGGCAUGGGAUAUGAGUUAUAUGAGCACAAUUGGUCUAUCUGGACCUCAGAAUAGCGUUCAAAAUAUUAUUAGGUCGUUAGGGCUUACACAGGAAGCUCUAUGGAAUGACAAGGCGAAACGUUGGAGAUCAGGCAACAUGCAUUGGUCUGGGAUGUUAACUAGGCGAAGCAACGAAAGUGUGCAAACCAUCGGUCCGGCGACCGUAAUCUGGAAUCCGGAAAGAGAGGUUGACGAUGCAGAUAAACGGAAACAAUUCAGGCAACUUUAUAUUCGCAUUCACCCAUCUGCAUUCUUAGAGCUCUUCAAUGAAGUUCUACGACUCGCGAAAGCCCAAAAUCCUCGACCCUAUGUAGAAGACCUGAGGUUUGAGAUAGGAAGUAUUGACAUUACUGGUCCUGACUCCACAGAGGCUCUUCUAGGUGUCCUCAAGGCUUAUCCUUCAAAGUCAGACGGGAAAGAGCUCCAUGUUUCAAAAUUCGAAUCUCUCGCCGGCUUAAAGGAUCCAGGCACGUUGCCUUUUGGAUGUAUCUUAGCCUUCUCUGUCGCAGACCCUCGCCUCCACUAUCCGCCACGACAGGUAGCUCUUCCAAAGGCGGACGACUCUAAUGCACAAAAAGCGCUUCUAGAAGCGAUCUCUGGUUUCCGCAAAGAAGAAUCGACUAAUCCCUAUCAACUAUUCGAUAGAGACGCACGAUUCAAGGCUUCUAAGCUUCCGUCGCAACAGUCUCUUAAUCGCCGGCGCAGCAAGGCCACCCCAGGAACCAACCUCAAACCUACUAUGAUCGAUCCUCCUAUCCCCAUAAUACUACUUGCUUCUCGCCAUUCCAAAGAUGCGCAAUCAGCUGGUACCUGGACAUUGAUGUUACCGUGGAAAUGUGUGCUUCCUAUUUGGUACAGUUUGAUGCAUUAUCCAUUAUCAACUGGCGGCAACCCUUGGUUCGGAGGUUUAGAUGAAAUCAGGCAUCUCACAUUUGAACGAGGCCUUCCAUGGUUUCCCGGAGACUUGCCCGGCACAGAUGCUGGUAAAGUCUGGGAAUUAGACGAACGAAAAGCGAGGCAGAAAGCGUGGGAUCGCAGACCCAAAGCCAAACGAGUCAAUUGGGAAUCACUUGACUUAGGGGCAGGACGGAAAGGUGAGGUGGGAGUAGGAUGGAGUUGUGACUAUGAAGUACUCCUCGGUCUCAAAAAAGCAGACGAGCUUAACAGAAUGUCGAUUGAUAGAAAAGAGGGGGAUAAGGGACCAAAUGAAUCCCCCCAACACGGGGGACAAGCAGCGCUCGUGAACCCUUUAGAAAGCCUCACGCAGCUUUCCAAAUCCACAUUUACUGCUCACCAAUUACCCACAUCUGAACCGCCCCCUCCAACCUCAUUAUCGACAGUGAGUAUCAGGAUUUUAGGGCGCGGGAUAGCGAGUACAUGUGCCAGGAUCUAUCGACUACCAGACAUAAAACCUAUCGCCUCUUCAACGCGGGUGGAAGUGCCAGCUACAAACCCUCGUUAUAAGAAGAUUGAGGGCAAAGUACCUCCUAAUUUGCGCGACCAGUGGCUAGCACAAAAGCCAUCCAAAGGGAAUCCUAGAAAGAAAGUCAUCGUAAAAGAGGACUUGGAUCUAGAGACGCGGCAACAGUUGAUUGCACGGCAACUCCUUAGCCUACCGGACACAUACCCACCAGCUCCUCCCAACUCCGAAAAUAUCCAAGGUCACCAUCCCUUAUGUCCUGGUGAAGAAGACUUGAUCGGAUUUGUGACAACUGGGAGCUUCAAUCUUAGGGAUGGAAGAGGUGAUGCAAUCGGAAGUUUGUCGGCGACAAAAACAGCGGAGGAGCUUAGACGGUAUAAAAACAAGAACGACCCCGCCAUCCAACUUUGCGUGGUCAGAAACGCGGGUCAGAAUGUUGGUUGGCUUGCGAGGUGGGAGUUGAUUUAAACUUGUCGAUACCCAUGAAUAUGCAAAAAAUCCAAUCGAGUAUUCUAUGCAGCAACCUCCCUAGUCCAUUCGUGUUAGACUACGGCACAGUAGUCUGACCAGUCUAAGACGGGAAGGCUACUACCAUACAAAUUCAUGUCAUUAGGACAUUUGUGCGCAGGAUAGUCAGGCCACUAGGUUGGUUCUUGAUCAAUGUUACUAUUGCUAAUGUUAUUGUAAUAGGCAAUGAGGGUGUCUUCGACGUCGCAUGUGGAGACUCCUUGUUUGUUCUUGUUUGCCUUGCUUGUAAAGAUUCAUUCUAGCAUU